AUGGUUUUCAAGGAGGCACACGAACAAUUGAUGAAAGACGGAGAAGCAUGGAUGAAGACUACAGCACAAUCAUGUACAGUUGCCGCGACACUGAUUGCAACAGUAGCGUUCAAUGCAGGACUUAAAGUUCCUGGUGGUGAUAGCAAAGAUGGCCUUUCCCAAUUUUUUAAUGAUACUUCCUUUGGUGUAUUUGCUGUGGCAGACGCUAUAUCUCUAUUCUCUUCGGUCACUUCCAUACUAAUGUUUUUGUCAAUCCUAACAUCGCGUUACUCAGAAGAUGACUUCCGAGUUGCACUACCAAGGGGGUUGGUUGUUGGAAUGAGCAUGCUUUUCAUUUCCAUAAUAAGCAUGAUGAUAGCCUUCAGCUCAGCAAUCUACCUUGUGUUCGGUUAUCUGAGGGCUCGAAUUGUGAUUCCGGUGGGUUCGAUCCUUGUUCUGCCAGUAACCUUGUAUGUGCUGUUGAUCCCUCUCUAUCAAAUAAUUACAAGGUCCAAACUCAUUGGACCUGGACUUUUCGGCAAACAAAGUACCCGCAUACUUCACUAA